AUGGUUGUUGUUUUGUGUGUCUGCAGUUUGUCAGGCUGUCUGAUCACAGAGGAAGGCUGUACUUCUCUGGCCUCAGCUCUGAGCUCCAACCCUUCCCAUCUGAGAGAGUUGGACCUGAGCUACAAUCAUCCAGGAGCCUCAGGAAUGAAGCUGCUGUUGGCUGGACUUAAGGAUCCACGCUGGAGACUGGACACUCUUAGGUUGGAGCCUGCUGGAGUCCGAUGGUUGACACCAGGUCUGAGGAAGUAUUCCUGUCAACUCACAAUCGACACAAACACAGUACACAUGAACCUCAAACUGUCUGACCACAACAGGAAGGUGACAUAUGUGGAGGAGGUUCAGUCAUAUCCUGAUCAUCCAGAAAGAUUUGAUGUUCAUCCUCAGCUGCUGUGUAGAAAUGGUCUGACUGGUCGCUGUUACUGGGAGGUCAAGUGGAGAGGAAGAGUUGAUAUAUCAGUGAGUUACAAAGGAAUCGAGGGAAAAGGAGACACUUAUGACUGUAGGUUUGGACAGAAUGAUCAAUCCUGGAGACUACGCUGCUCUAAUGAUGGUCCUCAUUCUGUCUGUCACGAUAAGAGAGAAACAUCCAUCCCCUCCUCCUCCUCCUCUUCUGUCUCUAACAGAGUAGCAGUGUAUGUGGACUGUCUUGCUGGUACUCUGUCCUUCUACAGAGUCUCCUCUGACACUCUGAUCCACCUUCACACCUUCAAAACCACAAUCACUGAAAUGCUUUAUCCUGGAUUUUCGAUCUGUUCUAGUUCCUCAGUGAGUCUGUGCUAA